CGGUACGUCCAUCUUGAAACUAAAACGAGAAUACACGUUUUGUCUGGCUAUUAUAUUUGGAUCGCCUCGUGCGCCUUGUUUCACUACAAGGGGAUAGCCCGACCGGGCGAUCUGGAGACAUCGUUUGGGAGGACGGGCCCUUCCCUCCGUGCUUCAAUUCCUCCGUAUACGUUUAUGGUGCCUAGCUUCCUACUCCCCAGUCAGUGCAUAUCGCUUAGAUGGUCAAACCAGGGGAGACGCCGUCAACGUGCUCGAGCAAAGCGCAACCUGUGGCGUCGAGCUGGUUGUUCGAACGCCCAUUGUCGCAUCGGGCGACCCGUGGGCGGUUCGAAUGUGGCAGUUCUUGGCAAGCCAUCCACGGCCUUGGCGUUGAGGGUCCAUUGGUGCACGGAAAGCCUCCUUCUUGGCACGACCGGGCUCGACUGUCCACUCAGCUCGCGGCACUCACGCACGAUGCACGACCUCUCAUGCUGGUUCAGUAUAUCGCUCCUCCGGCAUCCAUCGAACCACCCAGCCCAAGCCAAGCUCGUGAGGAUGUAGACAAGCCUCUCCAAGCCUGCCUAAGCCUGCCUAAGCCUGCCUAAGCCUUUACGCCCAGAGACUUGGACCGGCCCCAGUGGAGUGUUCGUGGACUGACCCAUGCUCUUUGUUCUUUUUCUUUUUCUAUUCCUUUUCCCAGUCAGCGCGUUGACAGUCGAAAGUGUAUAAAAGGGAAUGAAUCUCUCUCCUCCUUUCCCCCCCUGCAGCUGAUCGGAUAACCAUCCAGAUUAUUUGUUUUUCUGUACGGCUCGGACAGUCCCCCCGUUCGGCAUGGCUGCUCUUACUUCCGGUGGCAACUCUGCCUUCCGCAACGUCAACAAUGAGUUUGCUCAUGUUGAGGAUCCCAUCGAGCGUCGUCGCCUCGCUCUAGCGGAGAUUGACAAUGCCAAGUUCGGCUGGUACCACGUUCGUGCCGUCGUCGUGGCCGGUGUCGGUUUCUUCACCGACUCCUACGAUAUCUUCGCCAUCAACUUGGCCUCCAGCAUGCUGGGUGUCGUCUUCUGGCAGGAUGCCGCGAAGAACCCCGGCAAGAUCCCCUCCACGGCCGAUACCGCCAUCAAGGUCUCGACCUCCGGUGGUACCGUCAUCGGUCAGCUUCUCUUCGGUUGGCUCGCGGACCGCAUCGGCCGUAAGCGCAUGUACGGUAUCGAGUUGAUCAUCAUCAUCAUGGCCACUCUCGCUCAGGCUCUCUCCUCCGACUCCCCCGCGAUCUCGAUCGUCGGCAUCCUCAUCUUCUGGCGUGUUAUUAUGGGUAUCGGUAUUGGUGGCGAUUAUCCUCUUUCUUCGAUCAUUACUUCCGAGUUCGCUACCACGAAAUGGCGUGGUGCAAUGAUGGGUUCCGUCUUUGCCAUGCAGGGUAUCGGUCAGUUCACCGCGGCUAUCGUGGCCCUGAUCGUGACCGUCGGCUUCAAGGGAUCUCUGGAGACGGCUAGCUCCGUGGGCAAGUGCUCCGGCGUGUGCCAGCUGGCUGUGGAUAAGAUGUGGCGUGUGGUCAUCGGUUUCGGUGCCGUGCCCGCGUGCGUGGCGCUCUACUACCGUCUCACGAUCCCCGAGACCCCCCGUUAUACCUUCGAUAUCGCUCGUGAUAUCGUCAAGGCUGAUGAGGACGUCCGUGCCUAUAUCGCUGGAAAGCGUGAGGGCCACCCCGACGAGGUCCGUCGUGCGUCCGUCAUCCAGAACCACACUGCCGAACUGGUGGCUCCCAAGGCUACCUGGGGCGAUUUCUGGCGUCACUACUCGCAGUGGAAGAAUGGCCGCGUCCUCUUGGGUACCGCCGGUUCUUGGUUCUUCCUUGACGUUGCCUUCUACGGUCUCGGUCUGAACAACUCUAUCAUCCUUGCUGCCAUCGGCUGGUCUGGUGGUAGCACCGUCUACGAAUCCUUCCGUCGCAAUGCCGUCGGUAACUUGAUCCUGAUCUGUGCCGGUGCCAUUCCUGGUUACUGGGUGACCGUCGCUACCGUCGAUACCAUCGGACGUAAGACUAUCCAGCUGAUGGGCUUCAUCAUCUUGACCAUCCUCUUCAUCGUCAUCGGUUUCGCCUACGACCCUCUGCUCAAGUCCAAUAACGGUCUGCUGGGUCUCUAUGUCGUGGCCCAGUUCUUCUUCAACUUUGGACCCAACGCCACGACGUUCAUCGUCCCCGGCGAGUGCUUCCCUACCCGCUACCGUUCCACCUCGCACGGUAUCUCGGCCGCGUCCGGCAAGGUCGGUGCCAUUAUUGCCCAGUGUGUCUUCGGACCUCUGGUUCACAAGGGAGCCAAGGACUCCAGCUCCACUCCCUGGCUCAAGCACGUUAUGCAGAUCUUCGCUCUGUUCAUGCUCUGCGGUUGCUUCACUACCCUGCUCAUCCCCGAGACCAAGCGCAAGACCUUGGAGGAGCUGUCCGGUGAAGAUACCGACACUCUCGUCAACCCUUCUCCGAUGAUCCACCCUGAGAAGGUGUCCAACGAGAACCACCCCGAGACCCUGCCCGUUUAAUGGGGACUCGCUCGGCAUGGCUUUAACUUCCCAGGUGCCUCUCGGUACCCGGUACCCUGACCUGUAACUUAAACCCUUUUUCCUUUUGUAUCACAUACCCUAUACCACAUACCCUAUACCACAUACCCUAUACCACAUACCCUAUACCACAUACCCUAUACCACAUACCACAGCUUAUUAAUAGAAUGAAUGGCAAGUGCUGUA